CUGGCCCUGUGACCAGACCCCACGGCCCCUGCGGGAGGCGGACACGCGUGGAACGGGAACCAGCAGCGAGGACGGGGGCUGUCCUCGACCCCCCCGGGGCCCGGUGCCCCGGGAUGCCCCUCUCCCUGCCGGUGCCCUGCAGCGGAUCCAGGAGGAUGAGGGGCCGGAUCCCGCCCGCCUUCUGCCUAGCCGUGGCCCUGGCUGCGCUGCUGCCCAGCGCCGGCGCCCGCCGGAGCCAAGACCUGCACUGCGGAGCAUGCCGGGCACUGGUGGAUGAGCUGGAGUGGGAAAUCGCCCAGGUUGACCCCAGGAAAACCAUCCAGAUGGGCUCAUUCCGCAUCAACCCUGACGGCAGCCAGUCGGUCGUGGAGGUGCCCUACGCUCGCUCGGAAGCGCAUCUGACAGAGCUGUUGGAGCGCGUGUGUGAAAAGAUGAAAGAAUAUGGAGAAAAAGUGGAUCCCACGACCCACCGGAAAAGCUACGUCCGGGUGAUCUCCCACGAUGGGACCAAGAUGGAUCUCUCCGGGGUGAAAAUUGAUGGAGACGUGGCUUCUAGCCUCAAAUUCGCGUGUGAGAGCAUCGCUGAGGAGUACGAGGAUGAACUCAUCGAAUUCCUCUCCCACGAGGCUGACAACGUCAAGGACCGGCUCUGCAGCAAGCGGACGGACCUGUGCGACCACGCGCUCCACAUCCCGCACGAUGAGCUGUGACCCGAUGGCCCCCGCUGCCUCCGGAGGACGGUGCCGACGCGCCCGAGGCCUCACGGGACCAGGACGGCACCGGGCUCCCUUCAGGCAUCCCCUACCUCUGGGUUCUCCUCAUCCGCACCGGGAUAGGCAGCCGCGCCGGGGCAGACUGCCGCUCCGGAGCUGGUGCAGACGCCGACUCGCCCGUGCUGGUGCUUCCGUCCUAUUUAUUCACUGUCCAGCGGCUGCGGUGCCGGUGACACCGGAAUGCCGGCCUUGCUCCUGCCGGGACGAUUCAGCGGGCAGGCUGCCGGCCAGGGACGUUCCGCUGCCACUGCUGGGGGAGGCAGUGGGGGACGCCGGGGCCGGUUUGG